AUGGACGUGGAGGGUCGUAGCGCCAACAUCAUUUACCAGCCGACUGUCGAAGAACAACGAGCAUUUUCCGAAAAAGGACUUCAUGGCCUCUAUACCAUAAAGUACGAUAUUUUACACGGAAAGACCAAAGGUGAUAUUGUCCUAUGGAAUGGAUACUUCAUCCACUUUUUCUCGCCUUCAGGCUUGACUCCUUUACCCAAGGAUAUUGUUUUUGUGCUGGAUGACAGUACGUCUAUGACUGGCAACAAACUUAAACAAAUGAAAGAGGCUAUGUACAUGAUUCUUGAAUCCCUCAACAAAAACGAUCGUUUCAACUUUAUACAGUUUAGUAAUAUAAUUACUCCGCGAGAAACUGGAUUUGUCAGGGCGACCUCAAGUAAUAUCAAAGCAGCUAAAGAAUAUGUACGCAACAUUUUCAUUGCUCGCGGAGCUACUAAUAUCAAUGAUGCCAUUAUUAAGGGCCUGCAGCUGUUUGACAGACUUCCAUACAAGCCCGAAGCUCGAUCCUCGAUUCUCUUCUUUUUGACUGACGGCCGAGCAACUGUCGGAGAAACAACCACGGAAAAGAUAUUGGAGAAUAUCAAAUUACACAACACUCGGAAAAUCCAGAUCUUCGCCAUUUCUUUCGGAGGAGAUGCCGAUUAUACGCUAAUGAAGAAAAUGAGUUAUCUCAAUGAUGGAGUACCUCGCCGUAUUUACGAAGCGUCCGAUUCUGCGUACCAACUGAAGCAGUUCUUCGAUGAAAUAUCCAGCAUAUUAAUUAAAGGAAUCAAAUUCAGUUAUAGCUCUCCUUACGUGUAUACCGACGACAUAGCCUGGUCUCGAUUCAAGAACUAUUAUGAGGGAUCUGAAAUUAUAACGAGUGGUAAGAUGUCUGAGGCCGAAAUGAAACAACUGGGUUUAAGAAUCAGUGAAAGAAAAGCCAGUGGCACCUAUAACAUUGAUUUCCUAUCUGAUGCAAUGUCAAUCAACGAGAAGCCUCCCUUUAUGAGUAUGAAAGAAUACAAUAUCUUGAUGGAGAAAAUGUGGGCUUUCCUUACUCUUAAGUAUUGGAUGAGACUUAAGUUGAUGGGAGGACAGGCCGGCUACUUGGGGAGACUUAAUGAAAAAAUUGAUGAGCUUUCUCUUAAGUAUAAUUUUCUAACCAACGGUACAACUAUGACAUUGAAAAAUCCACCAGGUUCCCCCAUAUCAGAGGAAAUUGCCCUCCCUGUAUUUGAGCCGGACUUGUAUGGAGAGGCACGGUUACCCAGAGUGUUUGCUGAUCCCCACUUCAUGGUGAAUUUACCAGAACUUGAGCUUCCCGUCUGCUUCGAGAUUAUAGCUGAUAAAGGAGAUUUUCUACUCCUUUUGGAAGACCCAGUUUCAGGAGUUCGAGUAACUGCAUCCGUUGUUGAGAGUCGCGCCCGUAACAAAGAUGGCCGUCACAAAACCUACCUGGGUGAAGUGUUCAUCGCCACGCACGAUCUACAGGUUCGAAUCUCUCCUUACGACAUCCGUUUGAAUGGACUUUCUCUCUCCUGGAAGAUAGAGAAAUCUCUUGGUACGCAUCAUGUCCGCGUUGUGAUCACCGGAAGUAAAUACCAUGUAGCAGUGAUCAUCAAUAACUCAACCCAAAUGCUUAUCCAACGCUAUUUGUACGCCGUUAAAAAUCCGAAGCAAGUCAACUAUCUGAAUUUCUAUGUCACCGACCAUACAGGCCUAUCCACAAAAACUACUGGGCUUCUAGGUUAUUUUGCCCAUGCUCAUGUCAACAAUAUGUCUCUGAUGAAGUUAAAAGAACCACUUCCUCGUACAUUGAACCUUACUGCUGCCAGCCGAGACACAGGCAAAAUUUACCCAUUUACUGCCCACCUGGUUGAUCGUCUCGAUGUGUUCGACAUUAAGCAAACAGUUCGGUGCUGGAAGAUUUUACCCCACGAGAACUUUGCUCUAUUUGGGGGCAUUCAAACGGGAAGGUUUUUCUUGGAUGAUCUGUAA